UUCUACCCCCUGGCACACACCAUCCUCUUCAUCUUCAUCGCCUCCACCCUCUUCCACAUCCAGAAACGACUAGUGAGGCAAGAUGAGCAGAUAUGGGUGUCUCAUCCAGUCACAGAGACCCGAGCAGAGUGGAGGAAGCCCACAAGCCGUGCCCAGCUGGACAUGUGGACCAUUAACUCCAUUGGCCGCCUGGGGAACCAGAUGGGUGAGUACGCCACGCUCUAUGCCCUGGCCAAGAUGAACGGACACCAGGCCUUCAUCCCUGCUCCAAUGCACAGCAUGCUGGCCCCCAUCUUUAGGAUCAGCCUCCCAACACUGGAUGUCAUCACGGAGCGCGGGGUCCCCUGGCACCACUACCACCUCAACGACUGGAUGGAGGAGCGUCACCGGAACAUCACCAGCCACUAUGUGCGCUUUACAGGUACACCCUGCUCCUGGACUUUCUACCACCACCUGCGCCCUGAGAUCCUGCAGGAGUUCAGCUUGCACGAGCACGUGCGUGAGGAGGCCCAGGCCUUCCUGCGGGGCCUGCGUGUGAAUGGGAGUCAGCCCCGCACCUUUGUAGGGGUGCAUGUGCGCCGGGGAGACUAUGUCCACUUUAUGGCCCAUGUGUGGAAAGGGGUGGUGGCCGAUCGGGGCUACCUGCAGCAGGCCAUGGAUCGGUUUCGAGCCCGGUUCGAAUCUCCAGUGUUUGUGGUCACCAGCAACGACAUGGCCUGGUGCAAGGACAACAUCAACACCUCUCUUGGGGACGUGGUGUUUGCUGGCAAUGGCAUGGAAGGCUCACCAGGCAAGGACUUUGCCCUACUCACGCAGUGCAACCACACCAUCAUGACCAUCGGGACCUUUGGCAUCUGGGCUGCCUACCUGGCUGGUGGAGACACCAUUUACCUGGCUAAUUACACGCUCCCCCAGUCUCCUUUCCUCAAGUUCUUUAAGCCAGAGGCAGCCUUCCUGCCUGAGUGGGAGGGGAUCCCGGCAGACCUGUCCCCGCUACUCAAGCACUAG